CCCCAUCCCCAGCCCCACGCUCACCCCAUGCCAUAACUGCUUCAUGCUCGAUCAGCAGCGGUCUUACUCAGCUGAGAGAUUGUUAUGGACAUCUAGUGUCUAAAGAGCACUGAUCCCAGGAGGACGCUCACUGUGUUAAAGUGGCCUCAUACAAGGAUGAAUUUCUUCAUUGACGAUGUCUCCACACUACACACCGUGACUACCAUACUGUUCUAGAGUUCACUUUCUCUCACGUAUCCCUGUCUAACUUGGACAAUAAUGGAUCUGAAGUCGAGGCAUGGCAUUUCACUGCUGGACCAGCUGAACAGAAUGAGAACCACUGAGCAGCUGACAGAUGUGGUGCUGGUGGCCGAGGAUGUCCGAUUCGCCUGCCAUCGCGUGGUCCUGUCUGCUUUCAGCCCUUACUUCCGCGUCAUGUUCACCUGCGGAUUGCGUGAGUGCGCCAACCGUGAAGUCUUUCUACGCGACAUGCCGUCUAAAAGCCUAGCUCUGCUCCUGGAGUAUAUGUACAGCUCCAAGCUGCAACUCUCAAAUGAAAAUGUGCAAGGUAUAUCAGUGGCGGCCUUUCUACUGCAGAUGGAUGAUGUGUUUGCCCGCUGUCAGCAUUACAUGAUUGAAAAUAUGGAUAUCAACAACUGCGUGGGCAUAUAUUACUAUGCGCGUGACCUGGGCGCCGAGGAUCUGGCCGACCAGGCGCGGCGCUUCCUGCAGCAGAACUUCACCCAGGUGUGCAUGAGCGAGGAGGUGCUGGAGCUGGAGGCCCACCAGCUGGCCAUGCUGCUGGGCUCCGACGACCUCAACAUCUCCCGAGAGGAGAGCAUCCUGGACGUGGUGCUGCGCUGGGUGAGGCAUGGGGCCUCCACGCGGGGAGGAGACAGCCUGGAUCAGCCUCAAGGUCAAGGUCAAGGUCAAGGUCGGGAUCAGGGUCGAGAUCAGUACCUGGCAGAGCUCCUGCGCAAAGUGCGCCUUCCGUUGGUGAGCCCUGACUACCUGCGUGAGGCCAUGCGUAGGAACACGGUUCUGCUGGCCAAUUCGGAGUGUAUGGAGAUGCUGGAGGAGGCGCUGGAGACCACGGGCAUGCACCCAAUGGCUGCUCCGCGCAGACUGAAGCUGCGCUACGGCAUGGAGACCACGGACAUGCUGCUUUGCAUUGGCACUGACACCGAGGGCAUCCGCACACGUCAGGGCUCCCUCUCCGACUGCAGUUUCUGCUACGCACCAACCACAGCGCGCACCUAUUACAUGACUUCCCCUCACUACGCCGGCAGACUUGGAUACGUGUUUGCGGGAGUGGUGACCGAGGACAACCACAUCGUAGUGGCAGGUGAAGCCGGUGUGCUCAGGAGGGCAAGGGAGAAGGAGCAGAACGUGGAGAUUUUCAGAUAUAACAUUGAUGCCCAAGGCACCUGGUGUCAUCUGUGUUCUGCUGAGUAUCGUGACUCCUAUGCGCUGGGGUCACUCGGAGAUACCCUGUACCUACUGGGUGGGCAGAUGAGACUAAAAAACCAGCUGAUCAUGACCAACUGUGUGCAACGCUGGUCUAUGCAGGGUGGACCCUGGCGAAGUGCUGCCCCUCUGCCCUUACCACUGGCAUAUCACACAGCUCUGCGUUUCAAGGACCGUCUCUAUGUGCUGGGUGGCCGAACUCCCCAGACGUAUCUGACCGACGAGGAGCCAGACCGAAUGAGCAACCGGCUGCUGGAGUACGACCCCGAAAGCAACAAAUGGGCAGAGCUGGCACCCAUGAAGUACUCCAAGUAUCGCUGCAGCGCUGUGGCCCUGAACGGAGAGAUUUAUGUGCUGGGUGGCAUAGGAUGUGAGGGAGUGGACCGGGGACAGUGUCGGCGCUGCCUGGAUGUGGUUGAGAUCUACAACCCUGAUGGAGACUUCUGGAGAGAGGGAGCGCCGCUUCCGUGGCCAGUCCUCUCUCUGCGCUCAAACGCCUCCAACGCUGGAGUGGUGGAUGGGAAAAUAUAUGUGUGUGGAUAUUACAAAGGAGCAGAUCGCUUUGACAACAUAACCAAGGACAUCUUGGAGCUGGACCCUUGGGAGAACAGCUGGGCAGUGGUGAGGAGGCACGUCCUGAUGCACGACAACUACGACGUCUGUUUGGUGGCCAGCCUCAACCCCCGCGGACUGCAGCCCCCGCCUCCUGACCUCGUGGACGAGUAGACCCAUCACAUCUCACUGCUACUUCUGUGUGUGGCCAGAUAUGCACAGAGCCACCCUAUAGCAGAGACACUUAAAAAAGACUUUGCCUAUAGCCAGUAGGCUGCAGCUGCUUCCAGUGUGAUAUACAAAAGCAAGAGUGGCUUUAGUGGCUCACAGCUGCAGGGGGAUGUUACACACAAAUGAAGGUGGACAAAUUUGUUGCAUGAACAAAAGGGGUCAUUCUUACUGUUUUUUUUAAUUAUUAUUGUAGUUAGUUACCCAUGAAGUUUCAUUCUGCUUCUUUUGAUCUGAUCACACCACUGAAAAUCUCACUGUGUGUAGAUGUUCUGUCCUGUCCAAGUGGCUGAAAGUGCUGUAAGCCACAGCUUAACCAGAGCUAAAUGAGUUUGUAAAUAUUUCAUUAAGUAUUAUUUAAAGCUGUAGUUUUUUUGGAGGUGAUACUUUCAUGUGUCUGUCUUGGCUUCCUAGUAAUGCAUAGUAAUAAUAAUGCAUCUGUCCAUACCCAACUCAAUGUUUUACACUGUAUUUGAAUCAUGAACCCAGCACUGGGCUCACAGGAAUGGUAUGAAAUUGUUGUUUAUAAGCAUGUUUCAAUAUUCGAUUUUCAGCACUUUUGCAGAUAAGUAAUGAUGACUUGCAGAGACUGAUUGCAACCAGAAACUAUUCACACUUUACACUGAAACAUGUACAUUUACUGAUAAGAGCACUCGCUAAAACAGCACUUUAACCAUAAAUUACCAGUAGUGCAGUGUCAGAAUGUCACAAUGACAUUCAGGGUGUCACUUGUCUUGCAAAUUCAUUCUCCUACUGAUGUGUUUUUUAUGUAGAAAUAUAUUUAUUGCUGAAACAGAAAAAAAUAUUUGCUUGACAGAGAACAAAAUCAUACAAAUACAUUAAUUUGCCUGAGUA